AGCAUCUAAAUACAGCACUGCUGCCUAGGCGACACAACGAGGAAAAUGAUCAGCACCGCACGAGGCGGCCAAUACUGCCAGCUGGUUCCGUACUGAAGCAAGUUUCGAGAGAGAAGUUCUCUUACUCCUGUCCGUUGCACGAGUGAGGUAGCGCAUAACAACCGCCAGGGAGCGUAAGGCUGACAGACCGCGUCGAAGGAGGCGAGAUGUUUCUAAAGCGCGCAAGACACGAUACAGAAAAUAUGGAAAACACUGACGAGAAGAAGAGACAGGAUGAUAGGACGUGUGUUAAGACAUCAGGGAAUAACUUCCAUAGUGCUAGAGGGAUCUCUAGAGCGCACAAACUGUAGGGGAAGGCAGAGAAUCGGAAUAUACAACAAACAAUUGAAGACGUAGGGCGCAAGUGCUACUCGGAAGUGAAGAAGCUGUUGCAGGAAUGAAAUUCGGGGCGAGUCGCAUCAAACUUUCCAGAAGACAAAUACUCAAAAAUGUUUGAUUGUCAGAUACCAACGCUCUUUGCCAAUGAACAACAAGCGCCGUUACAGCACAAAAGCUUACAAAGUACACAUGCCAGGUGCCAAAGCCGACAACCUUCUAUUGGCUGAUUAGGCUUCAAGUACGAGGUCGUUGUGAACGGAGAAAGGAAUUCUAAUAGCUUAUUGGCUUACGUGAUUCGCCAGUGAAUUCCUACGGGCAGUGGCACUUUAUCAUAUGUGAAUGAUAACACUGUUUUGCAGAGUAAUUUGAGUAGCGAUAAGGCGGGCACGGAACGGCCACAUCUGUUGUGUAUAAAGGAGUGGCCGGCCGUGCUUCGUCGCUCUUUCAGCGGACAUGGGGGCGAGCAAGAGGAGCCGCGGCGUCGCCAACGGGGCAGCCAAGGGAGUGUCCAACGGGGCAGCCAAGGGAGUGUCCAACGGGGCUGCCAAGGGAGUGUCCAACGGGGCAGCGAAGACCGUCGAAAAUGCCGCCGACCAGCCCGGCAAGUUCUUCGACCCCAUGGCGGUCACCUGGAUGGAGAAGUACAACGCGCCCAUGGAGAAGAUCUGGAGCCGCCUUCCAUCCUUCGUCCGCUCCACCAUCGUCACGCUCGCCGUAUUUAUCCUCGGAGCCACAAUGAGAGGUGAGUGGCUGCUGACGGCCGUGCACACGGCGCGCUACCUGGGCUGGGAGCUGGGCGACGGCUCCGAGGGCUGGGACUUCUCGUGGCAGAACCUCAGCCUGGAGGCGCUGCGCCUCAAGAACCUUCGCGUCUACUGGCUCGUCGCCUCAUUCGUCUCCUACUUCAUGUACUUCAGCAUUGGUGGUUUCCUACACUGGUACUUCUACGUACGUCAGCGCGACCGCCCCGAGGAGUGGAAGUGCCAGCCCACCAAGUUCCUGUCGCCGGAGCUGGAGCGCCACGAGAUCCUCGUGGGCUCCUUCAGCCUGCUCAUCACCAGCUCCUUCACGGCCACGCUCGCGUGCUACAUCAGUAACGGCGGCUGGAGCAGAGUCUACUACGAGUUCGACGAAUAUGGAUGGACCUGGUGGUUCCUGCAGUGGGCGGUUAUAUUCAUCUACCAGGACUACGCGACCUACUGGCUGCACCGCAUCUACCACACGCCGUUCCUGUACAAGCACUUCCACAAGCUUCACCACAAGUACAAGCAACCGACGGCCUUCUCCGUAACAGCCAUCCACCCAGUGGAGAUCAUGCACAUCCAGAUUACGCUGUGUCUGCCGCUCUUCGUCAUCCCCUGCCACUUCGUCCCCUUCUGUGGCGUGGCGCUCUACACGUACUACCAUGGCAUAAUCGAUCACUCUGGCAUCAACUUCAAGGCGUACUGGUGGCAGCCCUGGCAGCCAGACGCUAUCUUCCACGACAACCACCACCAGUACUUCCACGUCAACUUUGCCUUCAACAUAUACAUUUGGGACAAGCUGCACGGAACGUACCGGCAGAAGGACCGGCUGUACACGGAAGACACGUUCUACGGCCGUGGCAAGGCGCUGUCGGAGGCUACAGAAGAAGAGCGCCAGCAGGACCUCACUGAGCGGCUGUCUGAGAACCCGCGCGCCUACCGUAGUGGCACCCUCGAGUACAAGCUGGAAGGGGCAGAAGCCGCGACUCGCAAGCGGACGGCCGCCCACUGACAAUAGCGCAUGCGCCGUUAAGUCUUCUCAGCCACGCUGCUUUCUGCUGUCACAGCUAGAUUGUGGAACCUGUGGAUAUUUAAGUAAAUGCAGAGUCAUUGUAUAUAUUCAUGAUUACGGAUGUCGGAAUACCAAUAAAUACUCUUUUCGUGA